GCGGCUCCGCUCGGCUCCUGUGCGGCUGCCGCGGGGCCGGGGCCGGCAGCGAUGUUGGCCGGGCCGGGGCCGGGGCUGCUGGCCUUGGCCUUGGCCUUGUGGCCGGCAGGGCUCUGGGCACAGCCGAGGCUGCAGGAGGCCGGCGGAGGGCAGCGAGCGCCCGGGGACUCCGUCACCCUCUCCUGCCGCGGAUCCGGAUUCACCUUCAAGGAUCGUUAUAUUCGAUGGUACCGUCAGUCACGUGGAGGAAGCCUCGCGUGGGUGUCCUUUAUUAGUUAUGAUCCCACCGUUUCUUAUUUUGAUCAGUCAGUGCAGGGGCGGGCCAAGAUGUCCCGGGACAAUUCCCGGUCCGAGGCUUACCUCUCCCUGCUGACCCUGCAGCCCCGUGACUCUGCCCGGUACAUCUGCGCUGUUCACACGUGGAACAUGCAAAGCCCCUGCAGAGUCCUGGGCUGCCUUUGCUGCAGGGCAGGGGUCCGGGAAGGCUUUGACAGGAAGAGGCAGCUGGAGAAGUGUCAUCACUGGGGAGCCAGGAGGGUGCAGGGCCAGAGUGCAGGGAGCAGCAGUCACUGGGCAGGUGACCUUGGAGCAGUUCCAAAGGAAGUGACCGUUCAAAAGGGAGAUGAAUUCACCUUCCACUGCAGCAUGAAGGAAGGUGAUAUGAGCAGGUACUACAUGCACUGUCUUAGCAGUGUGAGGAAAGCUAAGCUUAUAUUUGGACCAGGGACGACUCUCACAGUUCUACCAAACAUUUCAAAAACUUCUGACCCUCAAGUCAUUGUGAUGAAAUCAAAGAAACUGGAAGGAGGUGGCAGCUCUGGGAACGCAGCUUGUUUGGCAAGGAACUCCCCUACAAAGAACAUCAGCUUGGAGAUGCCCUCUCAGGAGGUGGUCUAUGAGCAGAGCACAUCCAUUUUGACGUCAGAGGGCUUGUACAGUGCAAUUAAAGUGGUCAGGGUGACAGAAGACACAGAGGUGACCUGCACGGCCCAGUUCGACAACCGCACGAUAACAGCACAGCCAGAAGAAGAGGCUGAAGAACCAGUAACAGGGUUUGGGGAGCCAAACAGAACCAGAACAGAGUCAGGGGCCAGUGACCGGGUUUGCAACAGCACAGAGCCCUCAGCACAAGAUGCUGGAGGGCAGAGAGUGAACAUGCUGUCCAUGGCUGUGUUGGGUUUGAGAGUCCUGCUGGCAAAGAGCAUCGCCUUCAAUGCCCUCAUGAGCAUCAAGUUGUUUCUUUUCUGAGACAUGGGGAAUGAACCCAAAGAAGAGCAGGAAAGAACGUGAACCAGCAGCACAAGGGGGUGGAACAAGCAGGGCCAGAGCUGCUGACAGAGACCACCCAGGACACAAGGCAGCACCUUCCCCUGAAGACAUGCAACACUGUUCACUCCUGCCUGGCCAGCUGAUUUACACUGAAGACUUUUAAGGGCUUUUGCUGUUUCCUCUCCUCUGAACACUGAGGAGAGUGGAUUUAUCCUCAUCCUCCUGCUAAGUCGAUCCCCCCACUCUCCUGGCAUUUGCACACCAGUGUCCAACCAGCUUCAAUAGCUUUGAAAACUCCAGUGCUCACUGCAGAUAGAUGGCCUUUGAAAAGCACCUCUCCCAGGCAUGUUGUGUUACUGCCUGUGGAACUGGAGUAGCGCUGCUGAGGCAAUUCCAGCCCAGGAGCUGCCAUUUCUAGAUUUGGGUUUAAAUAGUUUCCAUAUCCAAAAGUGUGUACUGGAGAUAAGAAGAGAUCUGUAGAAUCUGGAGUGAUUUCAUUCUACUACAUGAUGCUCAUUUCUUGAUUAAGCCUGUAUUUCUUCUGCCAAAUGGAUUACAUGUGAAUUUUAGGAUCUUUCAGUAGUGACAAAAAUAAAGUUGUGCUAGGCCAAAAUG